AUGUCAAGACCCCAUUGGCAAGAUAUUCCAUUUCAUUUCAAGCAGGAUGUGGUUGCUCACUUGGAUUUUAAGACAAGACGCUCCUUGGAAAAAUGCUCCAAAUCCGAGUACGCCAUAGUCAAAACCGUGCCCCUCAUCCUCAGCAGUCUACUCCUCGACCUCUCCCCAGAUGACACCGAAAGCUCCUGGUACACAGACACCACUCCAGGCAUCACACUGACCACGUUGCUUGUCCAAGAACGUCCGUUCUCUCGUGGAUUACACUGGAGGGAUGAAUCACAGGAGAAGACGAUUGAGAAUCUGAAAUUGAUAUUUGAUAAUCCAAAGAUUAUCAUCAAGGAGAUGAUAUUCACUAUCGAUGGGAACCCUGCAAAGUUCAUUGAGAAGCUUUUGGCGAACUUUGGCAAUCGGAAAUUCCACGUGGAGAAACUUCUGUGGACAAGUGUAGAAGUGGCCAGAAACCAGAAGCAACUCGCUUCCUGUCUCAAAUUUUUCGAUUUAUUCGACGCGGGAACUUUGAAGAAAUUGGAGAUCAACUUUUCGCAGAAGACGUUGAUUCGGGAGAUGAUGAAGAUGAGUCAGUUUCAGGGAUUGGUAGAGGAGAUAUUCAUUCGGUCGGAGAUAGAAAAUGACCAUUUGGAGAAUGUGUAUCAUUCGAAACAGGUGAAGGUUCAGUUGGAGGAAGUGAGAGCGGAAGACUUGAAAAAGGCUAUUGAGGUCUUCCAAACCAAGUCACUCGGCUCUUUCUUCAAGUUCUCUACAAAUGAAAUCCAAAUCGAUUUGGACAAGGCGCUGGAAACAUUUCGAUCAAUGCCAGAUAACUGCUCGGUGCCAACUAACCAAUUCUACGAGCGAGACACCAACACCCAUCGUUUCGAGAUUCUGGAUCGGACAACCGAGCGAGGGGAGCCGUUGGUACUUUACAUGAAGAUUCAGAAGAAUAGCGUCUGGGGAGUGGUCUGUCGAUCGGAUCAUAUUUCAAAAGAUAUGAAUAGUUGUCCGUAUUUUUGA